AUCCACAACCAGGAGAGGAGAACACAAGCCAUGUACUGGUAGAAGAUGAAGCAGGGGCUUCUGCUAUGGAAUCCUCCGCGUGACUCUUUCUCUCCACCUCUCCCUCUCUCUCUCCUCCUUCCGAUCACCAGAACCAGACGCAUCGCAGUAGUUGCUGCGACUACGGAGCCCGUCAAUGGCGAACAGCUAACGGCGAGAGAGAGGAGGCGGCUCAAGAAUGAGAGGAGACAGAGCAACGCCUACAAUUGGAGGGAAGAAGUGGAGGAGAGGCUCCUGAAGAAGCCAAAGAAGAGGUACGUAUCUUGGACUGAAGAGCUCAACCUCGACAAGCUUGCUCUUUUGGGCCCUCAAUGGUGGAUAUUUCGAGUUUCGCGGGUCUCUGGUCUGUACACCGCCGAGGCACUCGCCCGCUCACUAGCCAGGGACUUCCCCCACCUCGAGUUUAAGGUUUAUGAUGCGGCUGUCCAUGUGAAAAAGAAAUUAAAGGAUGGUUCCUACUCAAUCAAGCCAAAACAACUAUUUCCUGGCUCUAUUUUUCUAAGGUGCACACUUAACAAGGAGAUACAUGAUUUUAUAAGAGAAUUUGACGGAGUAGGAGGAUUUGUUGGAUCCAAAGUUGGAAAUUCGAUAAGACGGAUUAACAAACCCAAGCCAGUUUCUGUUGAUGACAUGGAAGCGGUGUUCCAAAAAGUAAGAGAGGAACAAGAAAAAAAUGACCAAGCUUUUAAAGAAGAGCAACAUGUUGAAGGUGCCCUUAACCCUGAGAUGCUGGAUAUAGACUCUCAUGUAGAUUCCAGUGAUGAUGCAGAACCUGUUAUUGAUUUCAAACCUAAAAGGAGAACUAGAAAGGCUUCAGAGGCUUUCGCCGGUAAUUCUUCAACAGGAAAGGAUGAUAAGCUCCUUUUUAAAGGCUCAACUGUUCGAGUUGUAUCAGGGACAUUUGCAGAGUUUGUAGGCAGCCUUAAGAAGAUCAAUCGCAGGACAGGAAAGGCAACUGUUCAAUUUACGCUGUUUGGGAAAGAGACACUAGCAGAUCUAGAUGUCAAUGAAAUUGUUGCAGAGACUAACUGAAGUAAAGCAGUUCCUGAUAUGUUGACAGAACCCCCUUCGGCAUAUAUAUCAACAGUUCUACACAGGAAUUCUAGCCAACCAGGCUUUGUGUGAAGUAUGAACAGAGUGCACAUGGUUCUUUUUACUAGCCAACUAGGACCCAUUUCAUCUCCCAAGGAGCUCAACUAAUAGGAACUCUCUCUCUCUCUCUCUCUCUCUAUGCACAGAUAUGGUUUUUACUUUUUCAAAUCUCAUUUUUGAUUAGUGUAUAAAUAAUGCAGAUGAAGAGUACAAAGUUGUCACCAGUGUGGCUGCUUAUGUUGACGCCAAAAGAUGAGUUUGACAAUGCAAAAUGGUGGUUGAUGAGACAAGUAUGCUUAUGUGCUCAUACACCAGGACUUGUAGAUUGAGAUCUGUUUUGGAUCAGCUAGGUGUUGGUUGUCUUGUGGGUCUGCAAUGCUAUUGGUUUUUUUUACUUUUUUUCUCUUGCCUGUCUGGUUUUCAAGCCAGACCAUACAGGAUGUUCACACGUGCCACAUUUUUUUUUUUUUCGAUAUAGAAUGUAUUUAUCGGCAUCGUGGGUUCUGCUAUGAAACUGGGUUUUAUUUAGUUUAGUUGUGUUGUUUUCC